AUGGCUGUGGAAGGGUUUCUUUCCGUAUCUAUAGUCAUUCGUCUCAUCGGCGUCUACGUCGCAUAUCAGAUCCUACGGACUUUGUAUAAUAUCUCCCCCUUCCACCCGCUCAGCCAUAUUCCCGGCCCAAAACUGGCUGCUGCAACAUGGAUGUACGAGGCGUGGUUCGAUCUAAUUCAGGGCGGCAUGUAUACGAAGGAGAUUAAAAGGAUGCAUGAAGUAUACGGGCCCGUUGUACGCAUUAACCCCGAAGAACUCCAUUUCAACGACAUAGCAUUCAUCGACGAGAUCUACGCCGGAAAAGGCCGCAGGCGCGACAAGCAGAAGCACUCUUUGGAGUUUAUGGCUGGACCUGUUCGCGAUGGGAUGUUUGCUACGGCUGAACACGAUCUCCAUCGGAUUCGACGGAGUGCUAUGAACAAGUUCUUUUCGAAGGCGCAGAUUGCGAAGCUUGAGUCUUUGAUUAAAGAACUUGCCAAUGAGCUUUGUGAUAAGAUUAUCCGUCUUGAAACAAAUGCUGGGAAGCCAUUUGAUAUUACCGAGGCUUAUAGUUGUUUCACUGCGGAUGUGAUAUCAGGAUACUGUUUUGGAGAGACGUUUGGAUUUUUAAAGCAGGAAAACUGGGAGCCGAAUUUCAGAAAGCCUCUAUACGGUGCUCUCAAAUCAAUGUACACUUUUCGGUUCUUGCCAUUUUUGAAGAUUCUGGUUGACAUUGCACCGCUCUUCGCGGACUGGCUCGAAGAGGACAUCCGUGUUAUGUUGAAAGAAUCGAAUGAGACGAUGCCUGCUCGUGUACAGAAGGCCAGAAAGGAACACGAGGCUGGCGUGAAUCCCCAAUUCCCAAGUAUCUUCAGUGAUCUCCUCAAUUCCUCGUUACCGGAACAUGAGAAGACGGAUCUUCGAAUCGGUGGCGAAGGAUGUGCUAUGAUUGGGGCUGGGACUGAGACUACUGCAUGGACACUCUCCGUAGUGACAGUAUAUCUUCUAAAACAACCCGAAACUCUCGCCCCUCUCACAAAAGAACUCCAAGAAGCAGACGCUCUAAAUCUAUCUUGGUUCUCCCUCGAAAAACUGCCUUAUUUAACAGCAGUAGUAACCGAGGCCCUCCGUCUUUCGUACGGCGUUUCAGGAAGACUACCCCGUAUUGCACCGACCGAGAACCUCCUCUACCAAGGCAAGUUCCGGGGGCGAGAGAUCGAAUAUGUGAUUCCAUCGGGUACACCCAUGGGCAUGUCCAAUGCCAUCAAUCAUCACAAUGAAGAUAUCUUCCCGGAUUCGCACGAGUUCAAACCAGAGCGAUGGCUCAAUAUCGAUGAGGCUCAGAGGUUCCGGAUGGAGAAUAGUCUGACUUCAUUUUCGAAGGGUAGUAGGCAGUGUAUUGGGCAAAAUUUGGCGUCUUGCAAUAUGUACGUUGGGUUGGCAGCUCUGACGCUCCGCAUUUUCCCACGGAUGAAGUUGUUUGAGACGGACGUGGAUGAUGUGGAAUAUGACCACGACUUGUGGAAUCCUGCUCCCAAGUAUAGUAGCAAGGGUUGCAUCUGGAAAGGGCCGGUGAGUGAUGAGAAGGUCGAGGCAGGCUUAGUGACCCGAAUUUGA